CUUUUUGACAACAUCCAGAUAAUCCAAAUAGUUUUAGAUAAAAGACAGAAACUCCUGCUGCUGAACUGAAACUCUGAACUUUAACGCGUAAAAACGCUUAAAUAGGCUACGCAUUGUGAUUUCUCUCCCCCUCAUCUCCCUCUUUCUCUCUCUCUCUCUCUCCCUCUCUUUCUGCUUCCCCUCAUUUACCCCAUAUAGCCUACCUAUUCCGGUAUCUCACCACACGACUAAAUUAGACCAAAGAUGAUAAGAGCACAAAGCAUUAUAAUUCCGCCGGGCUCCUCCUCCUUCCAGCCAUGCGUCCUAAUUAAUGGGACACCCCCAGUCGCAAAAAGCCCUGCACUGGACUGCAACAUAGUCAAAGAGUGAAAGGGAAGAGGGCGAAAGUGCCACUGGAGAUAAUUGAUUACCUACCAAUCAAUGAUAACUUGUUAGUAAUCGUCAGCUCUUUGGACCUCGCCAUUUUCAGGGAGGCAUCUCACUCCUGCGGACUUGCUGCUCCCGAGGAUCGACACUUUGAAGACACCCCAUUUUGGAAUAAGAUUUUCUUUUCUUCUUUCUCCUCUCCGUAUCUUUGCUUGGUUUUUUUUUUUUUCUAACCCCCUUACUGUUAUGUGACUUUUUCCCCUCGUUUUUAACCGCUGAAUAUUUCAACGAAGUCCUGUAUAAACUCUGCGCACAACCAAUGAUGACAUCCAAAGAGGUGGCCAAAUGUGAUGCAGUGGAAAACAGGAGGCGAAGUCCGCUGGACCACUUGCCGCCUCCUGCCAACUCCAACAAGCCGCUGACCCCCUUCAGCAUCGAGGACAUCCUCAACAAACCGUCUGUGAAACGAAGUUACACAAUUUGCGGCACGGCUCAUCUAAUUUCGUCCUCUGAGAAGCACCGUCCGUCCAGCAUCCCUCUGUCCAGCCGGGCUCUCCUCACCCAGACCUCCCCGCUCUGCGCGCUGGAGGAGCUGGCCAGCAAGACCUUCAAGGGGCUGGAAGUCAGCGUGUUACAGGCUGCGGAAGGCCGGGACGGGAUGACUCUGUUCGGCCAGAGAACCACCCCGAAGAAGCGUCGGAAGUCUCGGACGGCGUUCACCAAUCACCAAAUCUACGAGCUGGAGAAGCGCUUCCUGUACCAGAAGUACCUGUCCCCCGCAGACCGGGACCAGAUCGCGCAGCAGCUGGGACUGACGAACGCGCAGGUCAUCACGUGGUUUCAGAACCGGAGGGCCAAGCUAAAACGGGACCUGGAGGAGAUGAAGGCCGACGUAGAGUCGGCCAAGGCCAUAGGCCAGGUCCCCUUGGACAAGCUCGCCAAGCUGGCAGACCUGGAGAAAUGUGCCAACGGCACACUGGGCCACCCGCGAGCCGAAUCCCCCGCGCGGGGAGGCCAGCAGGAGCACGAGCUCGCUCAGAAACUGCGGACGUCGCCGCUGUCUCCGUUCUCAGACCACACAACUAGUAAAGAGUGCUCAGAGGACGAGGACGUGGAGAUUGAUGUGGAUGACUGAUCGCGCAGCGUGGGGCUGAGAAGUCGAGAACACAAAAGGACGAUUUAAAAAACCCUCUCGAGGACUUGUAACUUACUGCUUAUAUUGUAUACCAUAUCUCAGAACAUGUACCAAAAUGUAAUGACUUUUAUAUCGGCACAGAUAGACCUAUUCAUAGUGAAGCAUGAACACAGAACAAGAAAUAUGCAGUGGUAUUUUACAAUGUAUUCAUUAGCAAACUGUUACUUCUUGCAAUCAAAGCAAUAUGGUCUAAAAUGACAUGAGUAACUUAUUAUUUUUUUACACUAUAGACCAACACGCGCGAGCGCACGCGCGAACACACAAACACACACACACACACACACACACACACACACACACACACACACACACACACACACACACACACACACACACACACACACACCUGUUCCAUUGCUUCUCCUAAAAGACCUAUCCUCACACACACCACGAUGAAAGUGCUCCAGUUUUCCAUAUUUUUGCAUGUAAAUGCAUGAUUUGAUUUGUGAUCAUUAUCUAUUUAUUUUUACUUUAUUAUUUUUUUUUAAUUUAAAUGCUUUUGUGUUUUCUGUGAGCCAAGUCGCCAUUGAGUCACUCUUGUCACUGCCGGCUCUGCUUCUCCUCCUCCUCCUCCUCUUCCUCCUCCUCAUCAUCAUCAUCAUCUGACUGUAACCCUUGACUUCAGCUCACACUCUUCGUCCCGAUGCUGCAGUGCAUGAUGAUGAUGAUCGGAAAAGGCAAACUGGGACAUUCACAGCUCUGCGUUUUAUGGGAAUGCUCAAAGCGAUGGCGAGAAACAACAAUUACUAUUGCGGUGAUUUUGACAAGCUAUAGGCUACUUUUUAGAUUUAUUGUUUGGAUACAAUAGAUUUACAGUUAUAAAUUUGUUAUGUUUUGUACACCUGUAAGUGCCUUUCUAAAAUCAGGACAUUAUUUGAAAACCAAUGCACAGACUGUAAUGUAUAUAGGCUACUAUGGGAAUAAAAUGGCUUUUCUGAAUAUUUCUUUUAUGUUGCAAUUUUUCAAUUAAUAUGGAGGUUUUUAUUGUGGAUAUAAUAGCCUGGAGUUUUCUUUAUUAUUGCGGACAAAAAAUUAUUUUGGAAACACGCUCUCCUUGCCAAAUGUGGGCGGGUUAGCCCAUCAAAAGCGGCCUGUUUAGAGUUAUUAUACUGAACU